AUGGGAAACCAGCUCUGCUGCAGGAGAAGCUGGAGCUGCCCAUCAACUUUCCAGAAGAAAAAGAAAAAAGGGAGCCAAGCAAGACGCACAUUGAAGAAGCAGCAACAACAGCUGCAGCAGAAUUUCACAAAGGACCAUGAAAUAAGAGGACACAUGUAUGAGCAGGUGUUACAGCAGCCUAAAUCUCAAAAGAGGAAUCAAGACCUCAAGUUGGAGGAGAGCAACUUACAUUAUGCAGAUAUUCAAGUGAACAGUCUUACCCAACCACGCUCCGCCAGUGAAGUGAAACACUGGUAUUUAGAAAAUGCUACAGAGUAUGCUACCCUUUGCUUCCCCCAGGCCACACCUCGAUAUGACAGCAAGAAUGGGACUCUGGUGUGA